GCCGAAUUUUCUUCUAAACCUUUCAAAAACUUUUUGAUUCAUUGAAUUGAAAAUGAGGAUUCAAUGUUGUAUUCAUGGGAAAAAUUUCUGUUCUUUACCCCCUUUAACUCCUAUUACACUCCCCUCUGCAAAGUAAGGGAGAUACAUUUAUGGUAUGUGAUACCCAAUGAGGUUAAGGAUGAAUCCCUUAUGAACAAGUAUAUGGAAAUUCUAUCCCCAUGUGAGAUUGAAAAAGUUUUGAGCUUUCAAAGAGAUGACCUGAGGAAAAGUGCUUUGCUUGCUCGUGCGCUUGUCAGAACCACCAUUGCCAGAUAUCAGAUAAAUUCUUCAGUGACACCCAAAUCCGUCAAGUUUAAGAAUAAUGUUCAUGGGAAACCAGAGGUAGAUUGGCCGCGCAGUUACAAUUGGGAGCCCCCUCCUUUGCGUUUCAACAUCUCACAUACUUCAUCUCUGAUAGCCUGUGGCGUGACAAUAAAUUCUCCUAUUGGUGUAGAUGUGGAGGAAAAGCAAAGAACUACAAAGCAUAAUAUUUUGACUUUAGCUAGAAGAUACUUCUCCGAACAUGAGCUUAAAGUGUUGACCGCUAUUAGAGAUCCCUAUAUCCAGCACCAGGAGUUUAUAAAGUUAUGGACGUUAAAGGAGGCAUAUGUCAAAGCACUUGGGAAGGGUUUCUCCGGUGCACCAUUCAAGACGUUUACCAUUCGUCUUGGGAGUGUUAUUCGAGAAUCCUUUCAUCAGUCUCAGAAUUCAAGUGCUGAGGCAUGUGAAAUAGUAGUGGAUUCUCUUGACAAUGCGAAGGACCUUAUCAGUAACUGGCAGUUUAUGCUUCUGGAGUUGGCUGGUUCUCAUUAUGCUGCCAUUUGCACAGAAAAGGAUAUCAAAAUGAAAGGUGAUUGGGAUAAUCCUAUGAAGUUGACAGUUUGGAAGACAAUUCCAUUUGUUGAAGACAGAUUUGUUUCUGGAACAGAGGCAGUGCUUACAAUUUGCGGCUUGAGAUAAUGACUGUUACAAUGGUCAUGGUGUUGACUCUGAGAAUGUAACAUUAGAAUCAUUAGAGUGGAGUUCAUGCUUCAGAGUAGCAGUUCAGCAGGUCUUUCUUUGAAAAGGGUAAUUUGGCAACUUUUAUGAAGAGAGGUCUUCUUACAAUCCAAACCUGUAACAAAGCUGUUAACAUAGUACAUUUCUACUAGCAUAGUUUCUGGCUGGCAUUGGCUAUUUUAGCAGAAAAACAUGUGUUGGACUGGGUAAGUUUACUGGAUCCAAAAAUUUAUGCUGGAGAAACAGAUUGUAAAAGUGCAAGAAUUCUCAUUAUUCACCAUUCUUGUUUGUGAAAUGGCCAGUUCAGUUCAGGGGCGAAGCCACCUUUUGCUAAAGGUGUUCAAUUGACCACCCUUUCGUCGAAAAAUUAUAAAAAAAAUUACACCGUGUAUAUAAAUAAAAUAUUAAAUUUUAGAUGUAUAUAACAUAUAUUGAACACCCUUUGUUGGAAAUUUUUUUACUUCUUUCAAGUCGGAACACCCUUAGGGAAAUUUUUGGCUUCGCCACUGGU